AUCACUUUGUUAUACCAAGCAUCAACCUAGGAAAGCGCGCGUAAAUUGGCAACCAAGUUCGCCAUAACCACGACCGUCCAUUUCUCUUAAGCGGAGGAGAAUAUGAAGAAAGCAAUUAUGGGCAAGCAAAAGCAGCAGGUGAUUUCUCGAUUCUUCGCUCCCAAACCCAAAUCCCCAACUCAGGAACCGAAUCCGGUACCCGAAUCGUCAACACCGCCACCGAAGAUAUCCGCCACUGUCUCCUUCUCUCCGUCUAAGCGUAAGCUUCUCUCCGAACAGCUCUCCGCCGCGUCACCUAAAAAGCCUAAACUCUCUCCUAACACCCAAAACCCAGUACCCGAUCCCAAUUUACACGAAAGGUUUCUCCGGAGAUUUCUGGAACCCUCACCGGAGGAAUCUGUUCCCGAAACAUCGACAUCGAGGAAGUAUACGCCAUUGGAACAGCAGGUGGUGGAGCUAAAGAACAAGUACCCAGAUGUGGUUUUGAUGGUUGAAGUUGGUUAUAGGUACAGAUUCUUCGGAGAAGAUGCGGAGAUCGCAGCACGCGUGUUGGGUAUAUACGCUCAUAUGGAUCACAGUUUCAUGACGGCGAGUGUGCCAACAUUUCGAUUGAAUUUCCAUGUGAGAAGACUGGUGAAUGCAGGGUACAAGAUUGGUGUGGUGAAGCAGACCGAAACUGCAGCCAUUAAGUCCCACGGUGCAAACCGGACCGGCCCUUUUUUCCGGGGACUAUCGGCCUUAUAUACCAAAUCCACGCUUGAAGCGGCUGAGGAUAUAAGUGGUGGUUGCGGUGGUGAAGAAGGUUUUGGUGCACAGAGUAAUUUCUUGGUUUGUGUUGUGGAUGAGAGAGUCAACACGGAGACAUUAGGCUGUGGUAUUGAAAUGAGUUUUGAUGUUAGAGUCGGUGUUGUUGGCGUUGAAAUUUCAACCGGUGAAGUUGUUUAUGGAGAGUUUAAUGAUAAUUUCAUGAGGAGUGGGUUAGAGGCUGUGAUUUUGAGCUUGUCACCAGCUGAGCUGUUGCUUGGCCAGCCUCUUUCACAGAAAACUGAGAAGUUUUUGUUGGCACAUGCUGGACCGACCUCAAACAUUCGAGUGGAACGUGCCUCACUGGAUCGUUUCGGCAAUGGUAAUGCAGUAGAUGAGGUUCUUUCAUUAUGUGAAAAAAUCAAUGCAAGCAACCUAGAAGAUGAUAAAGAAAUCAAGGUGGAGGCUGCUGAAGAAGGAAUGUCUUGCUUGACAGUUCACACAAUUAUGAACAUGCCACAUCUGACUGUUCAAGCCCUUGCCCUGAUAUUUUGCCAUCUCAAACAGUUUGGAUUUGAAAGGAUCCUUUACCAGGGGGCUUCAUUUCGCUCUCUGUCAAGCAGCACAGAGAUGACUCUCUCAGCCAAUACACUGCAACAGUUGGAGGUUGUGAGAAAUAAUUCAGAUGGAUCGGAAUCUGGCUCCUUAUUCCAUAAUAUGAAUCACACUCUUACAGUAUAUGGUUCCAGGCUUCUUAGACACUGGGUGACUCAUCCUCUUUGCAAUAGAAAUCUGAUAUCUGCUCGCCUUGAUGCUGUUUCUGAGAUUGCUGCAUGCAUGGGAUCUCAUAGUUCAUCCCAAAACAGUGAUGAGUUGGUUGAAGACGGUUCUGAGAGAACAAUUGUUUCACCUGAAUUUUAUCUCGUGCUCUCCUCAGUCUUGACAGCUUUGUCUAGAUCCUCGGAUAUUCAACGUGGAAUAACAAGAAUCUUUCAUCGGACUGCUAAAGCCACAGAGUUCAUCGCAGUUAUGGAAGCUAUUUUACUUGCGGGGAAGCAAUUUCAGCGGCUUGGCAUAAAGCAAGACUGUGAAAUGAGGAGUAUGCAAUCCGCAACUGUGCAGUCUUCUCUUUUGAAAAAAUUGAUAUUUGUUGUUUCAUCCCCUGCUGUGGUUGAUAAUGCCGCAAAACUUCUCUCUGCCCUGAACAAGGAAGGGGCUGUUCGAGGAGAUUUGCUCGACAUACUAGUCACUUCCAGCGACCAAUUUCCUGAGCUUGCUGAUGCUCGCCAAGCAGUUUUAGUCAUCAAGGAAAAGCUGGAUUCCUCGAUAUCUUCAUUUCGCAAGAAGCUCGCAAUUCGAAAUUUGGAAUUUCUUCAAGUGUCGGGGAUCACGCAUUUGAUAGAGCUGCCCGUGGAUGCCAAGGUCCCUAUGAAUUGGGUGAAAGUGAAUAGCACCAAAAAGACUAUACGAUAUCAUCCUCCAGAAAUAGUAGCUGGGUUGGAUGAGCUAGCUCUAGCAACUGAACAUCUUGCCAUUGUGAACCGAGCUUCGUGGGAUAGUUUCCUAGAGAGUUUCAGUAGAUACUAUACAGAUUUUAAGGCUGCCGUUCAAGCUCUUGCUGCGCUGGACUGUUUGCACUCCCUUGCAACUCUAUCUAGAAACAAGAAGUAUGCCUGUCCCGUGUUUGUGGAUGACUGUGAACCAGUUGAGAUAAACAUACAGUCUGGUCGUCAUCCUGUAUUGGAGACUUUAUUACAAGAUAACUUUGUCCCAAACGACACAAGUUUGCAUGCAGAAGGGGAAUAUUGCCAAAUUAUCACCGGACCUAACAUGGGAGGAAAGAGCUGUUAUAUCCGUCAAGUUGCUUUAAUUUCUAUAAUGGCUCAGGUUGGUUCCUUUGUACCAGCUUCAUCCGUUAAGCUGCACGUGCUUGAUGGUGUUUUCACUCGGAUGGGUGCUUCAGACAAUGAGCUUGGAAGAGGCACUAGCACACACGACGGUGUAGCCAUUGCCUAUGCAACAUUACAACAUCUCCUAUCAGAAAAGAGAUGUUUAGUUCUUUUUGUCACACAUUACCCUGAAAUAGCUGAGAUCAGUAACGGAUUCCCAGGUUCUGUUGGAACAUACCAUGUCUCAUAUCUCACAUCGCAGAAGAAUAAAAGCGGUUUUGAUCAUGAUGAUGUGACCUACCUAUAUAAACUUGUGCGUGGUCUUUGCAGCAGGAGCUUUGGUUUUAAGGUUGCUCAGCUUGCCCAGAUACCUCCAUCAUGUAUACGUAGUGCCAUUUCAAUGGGUGCAAAAUUGGAAGCUGAGGUAGGUGCAAGAGAGAGAAAUACACGCAUGGCAGAUGCAGAAGGACAUGAAGAACAUGGUGCCCCUGGAGAUUGGACAGGCGCAGAAGAAUCAAUUUUGGCUCUAGGUGAUUUGUUUGCAGACCUGAAAUUUGCUCUCUCUGAAGAGGACCCUUGGAAAGCAUUCGAGUUUUUGAAUCAUGCUUGGAAGAUUGCGGCAAAAAUCAAACUAAAAGCAACUUGAUCACUUUGAUUUAAUCUUCUUAACAUUAUAGCAACUGCAAGGUUUUGAUCAUGUGCGUUGCGUACUAACUUAUGUGUGUAUUAGUAUAACAAGAAAACCAAAUUAGAGAGACGGAUUCUAAUCCGGUGUUGUAGUACAUAGUAAUCUUGCAGUACUUAUCUUUUCUCCAUAAAUUUGAACUGUGUAG